AUGACAUCCAUAAAGUCCUCCGCCGCCGCCGCCGCCUUCUCACCGCCGCCGCGGGAACCUCUUCUCGCCUUAUGCUCCCUAAGCCACUCCCCGACCACAGCCUCCAUCUCCUCCGCCGUCCUCCUCAUCGCCUUCUCGAACCCUCCGACGUCCAGCCACCGCAGAAACGGCAAACCGUCCGCCACCACGAACCUUCCCGACAGAUCGAAGAAAUCCAUGAACGUUCUCCUCAAUCUGACGCCGUCCUCUCCUCCCGUCAAGUACCCGACGGAUUUCCCCACAAUCAUCUUCAGGAUAACGUUCAACGUUAUCUCCUCGAACCAGCCAGUCAACUCAAUCAAAACGCUGCCGUUCGCCUCGUUUUUGGUCCAGUAGGAAUACAGCUCUUUUGUCGCGACUUGGACCUCGGAUUCCCGCACGUGUUUGAGCAGAUCGAGGCGGUGCGAGGAGAGAAGCUCCAACGUGGCGAUCUUCCGGAUUUGUCGCCAGUAAGGACCGUACGGGCUGAACCCGAACAUGGACCGGUCGUACCCGAGAAUAUGCGUGGCGAGGGUUUCGGGUCGGUCAGCGAAGACCCGGUCGAGGGUGGUCAGACACUCCUUGGCGGUCUCCCAGUUGCUGACGACUAGGGCCGGGUGAACACCCAUACGGAUCGUGAAGAUUGGGCCGUGGUUUUCGGCCAUUCGGCCCAGUACUUUGUGUGGCGGGCUCGGUCCGCUGAGGAUGUGGAGGUGGCCGAUUACGGGCCACGCGCCGCUGGCCUGCUCCGGCGGUGGUGCUGCUUCUUCAUGGUCAUGAGGAAGUAGAGGAAGACGAGCGAGGCUAAGGCAAUUAUGGAGAGAGAAAUGGUGGUGGAGUGGGAAGUGAAGAAGAAAUCCAUGUUUGCUAGUCCAAUUUUGAAAGAGGCAGGGCGGUUUCUUUUGGAUUUUAUAUG